AUGAAUGAACAAAAUGAAGCAAUGAAUGAUUUACAAGAUUCAACAGCUUUAGUUUCUCGAAGUAUUGCGUCAGCAAUUGCAGGACUUCAAUUGACAAAUACAACACAAAUCGGUUCAUUCUUUUCUAUUUCACAUUGUGCAAAUAAUGUUUCCAGAUUAUUAUCAUUACAAACAGGAGGAAUCGAAGUUUUGUCAUCACGACCUUUGUUGAUGAAAAGAGCGCAAAGAGCUUAUCUUAGAACAAUCACAAAAAUGUUCGAUUUAGUUGAAUUUACAAGCGAAGAAAACAUAUCAAAACUUGAAAAGAAUAAAUUAAAUUUAAUUAAAUCAUGUUUCAUUCCUUAUCGAACAUUGGUUACUGCAAUCUCAUGUAGAUGCGAAUACAGAGUUCCUAAGAUCUAUUAUCAAGUAAUAUCAGGAAGAUUCAAUGAUUUUGAUAAAGAAAUCAACGAAAUCAAGAAGUUUUGUGAUGUUUUGAUUUCAUCUACAGGAGAUUUAGAAUCAGCAGAUAAGAUGAAAGAAGUUUUCAACAGUUUAUGCAUUCAAUUCAAAGAAACAUCAGAAAAACUUACCAAUAAAGAUGAGAUUAUAUCAAUCACAAGUACAAUUACUCAAUUCACUCUUUCUUCAUCUUCAUUGUUGAAUGCAUUAGUUCAUGUUGAAAACUUCUUUGAAACAUCAUCAACUGGUGAUUUUUCAUCUGCAUCUUUGCUUCCUUCAAUAUUUGAGAUGCCGGAUGUUUCUAAACAAUCUAAGUCAAUAGAAAAAGAUAUGAAGAAAUACGAAGACAAUCAUAACAUAACAUCAAAAGCUUUGCAAGAUAUCAAUGUUUCCAAAUCAAGAAAUGAAUCUCUUGCUAAGUCAAUAUCAGAUUUAUGCAGAAAACAAUCGUCAAAUCUUGAAUCUGCUCUUUGCGUUUCUUAUCAUUUAAAUAAUUUCUCAGGAGUUAGCCAGAUAACGUCAACAUGCCAAGAUAUUGUUAUACAAAUGAAUGUUUUGCUUAAAAACAUUCGAAUGAAAUUCCUAAACAUCGAAUGUACUCGAACAAAUGAAUCUAUCAUUCAUUCCAUCAAAAAACUUGUUGAUGAUUUAUUUGAAAAGACUAAAUCAUCUUAUCAAAAGUUCCUUUCUUCCGAGAAAUUAAGGAAGAAACAACUAGCAUCAUUUACUAAAGUCAUUUCUCCUCUUGAAGAAUCGCUUGCUAAUCUAACUAAACUUAGAAGUGAAAUUGAUAAAUUACCUAAUGGUCAAACAAAAGUUUAUUCAACAAAACUCUAUGAUAUUUCAACAAAUUAUCUCGAUGGACUUGUUAAAGUCAUGAAAAUAUCAAGAGACCAUCCAUCGAAAACAGUUGAACCAUCAUCACUUAAUGAUUUUUCUUCAGCUUCAUGCCAAGCAGCGCAAUCUUCUGCAACAGCAAUUGAAGACAUUAUUUCGAAGAAAGGUGGCUCAGAGGAUAGAGUCAUUAAUACAAUGAGUCUUUUUGUUCAGCUUAAUGAUCAAGUUCGAUCUAUCAAAUGCGCUGAAGAAUUAAAACUUGUAGAUGUUGUAUCUGCCACGACAAAACUUAGUCAAUUAGUUAUCGACAGUGCAAAAGCAGCACGUGAUGUCAAGCUUGCAGCCAAGAAGAAGAAAGAUGGAAAAGGCUCAAGUCUGAAGAGUAAAACAGAAUCUGAAGAAAUUGGAGAUAUAUCAGAGGAAAGCAUUUCUAGGAGACUGAUUUUGGAGUCAAGAGUUCUCAAAGCUCAUUAUAUACAUGACUAUUUACAAAAGAAACUUUCCCAAAUCAAAUGA